AUGGCCGAAGCAACGCAGCUCGUCUAUCAACGAGAUGGAGAGCGGCUACUUCACAGUGCCAAAGUCAUUUCCAUUGUCCCAGUCUCUGAACUCGCAAUGCCAGACAAAGACCUCAUAAAGGAUGCACCGGAAAUCGAGCACGCUAUCAUCACCGACUCCACCAUCUUCCACGUACAGGGCGGCGGCCAGCCCUCAGACACCGGAAUCAUGGCUCCCUCCUCUUCCUCUGAUGGUGAUGACGCAGCCGCCAAAGAUAAGCCGUCAUUUCAAGUGAAAUCAGUCCGCCACCCAGCCCAAGGCCACCAAGUCCUGCAUUUCGGACACUUCAUUCCCCCCGGCGGAGCCAGUGCCCCAUUUCCAUCAGGCACCUCUCUGCAACAACACGUCGACGCCGAGAAGCGCAACCUGCAUUCGCGUCUGCACUCAGCGGGCCACAUUCUGAGUCUAGCAAUCUACGCACUCUGCGCCUCCGGCGAGCUUCCUCCGCUCAAAGAAUCAAAAGCCUCGCACUACCCAGACUCCGCGUCCGUCAGCUUCCACGGCACACUCGAGGCCAAGCACAAAGACGCUAUCCAAGCCAAAACAGACGAGUUUGUCAAGUCGGCGCGCCCCAUCCGCAUUCACUGGUGGCCCAUGGACGAGCUGCUGGAAAAGUGCCAUGGCACUACCGAUGGGUUCGCGUUGCCUGACGGCGAGACUAUGGGCAGAGUGGUCGAGAUGGAGGGGCUCGGGAGUUAUCCUUGUGGUGGCACCCAUGUCAGCGAUUGUAGUCUUGUGGGCAGGAUUGAGGUCAAGAAGAUUUCGAGGUCAAAGGGUACAACCAAGGUGUCUUAUAGGGUUGCGUAGGAAUCCCUGAGAUGUGCUUCUGUUGUGUGGAGUGAGAGAGAGUUAC